GCGCCUCCUCCCCAUUACCUGUAUCGCGUUCCUCGGUGUCUUGGAGGACUAUCCAUUUAUUUACUCUGACCGUGACGAAUGAAGGAUGGCCUAUGGACUAUCAUGCAAAGCGUUCAUACGUGCUUGCUGUACGUCGGGGUCUUCUAAUCCUAUAUCGCACCCACCUACCUUAUACUGGAAUCACUCUUUCGUCUUCGUCUCCUUUCUUGAUUCCUUUUAUCUUUCACCUGAGAGUGCUACAUGCUGUCCGAAAAUGGUGAAUGAAUUAGUGUAGCAAAAAACAACAUCAACGCAAUAGCCAAGGUGCGGAUUUAAUCCCCCACAACAUGUUGUUUCUUGAUUGCUUUCUCUCGUCUGAUGCUUUUUUAGUGAUUUCCUCUGUCUUGGGCUUUUUACCUUUACAUGAGACGGGACGCGCGCGCUUUUUUUUUUCUAACGUUAAAAGCUUGCGCUAGCAAAAGAUGCCCACCGUUGCUGGGACUUUUU